GCACAAGAGAGCAGAGAUGACUUUCUACGCAUAGUGCGCACCAUGGCAACAAGCUCAGCUGAAGACUUUACAAAUCAGCCUUGUAAAAGUGAAAUGAAACGCUCAAUUCUGUUAUUGCUGUUUGCGUGUUGUACAUCAGGAUCUAUUGGGAACCAGUUUGUCCAAGAAGAUCAUUUAGUCAAACAUGAUCAUCAUGAGCAUAAUGCAAAUGCCUUUCUUGGUUCAAAGGACAAAGAUGAAAUACAGAAACUCAGUCCAUCUGAGCAGCGGAAGAGACUGUUGGAGAUAGUAAAGAAAAUUGACACAGACUCUGAUAAAUAUCUUUCAGCAGAGGAAAUCACAUUAUGGAUACAGAGGGUGUACAGAAAGUAUGCGCUGGAUGAUGCUGAAGAACGUUUCUCUGAAUUUGACUCCAACAAUGAUGGUCAGGUGUCGUGGGAUGAAUACAACAUGGUCAUGCAUGGUCAUACUGUGACGGUGGAUGAAGAUGCUGUUCUUAAAGAUCCAGAGGAAGAAUCACUCAGAUUUCUCCAUGGAAAGGAAAAAAGACGUUUUGACUUUGCUGAUAUGGAUAGUUCAGCUGGUCUCAAUUUAACAGAGUUCUUAGCAUUUACUCAUCCAUCUGAGGUGGACCACAUGGCUGAUUUUGCCAUUGAAGAUGUGCUUAGUGAAUAUGACUUGGAUAAAGAUGGAUUUAUCAGCUUAAGGGAAUUCAUUGGAGAUCUCAGAGCAAAUGAUCAGGAUGAGCCAUCACAGUGGGAAGCUGAGGAAACGGUGCGCUUUAAAGAUCUGUAUGACCAGGAUAGAGAUGGCAAACUAAACAGGGAUGAACAGCUCCGCUGGGUUGCUCCAAACAGCUACGGUUCUGCGCGAGAAGAGGCUAUUCAUCUUAUCAAGGAAAUGGACCAAGAUGGUGAUAAUAGGCUCUCCGUGGAUGAGAUAUUGAAAAAUCAAGACACUUUUAUGCACAGUGAAGUCACGGAUUAUGGACGACAGCUCCAUGUGCCACACGAUGAACUCUAAUACUUAAUAAUAACAAUAACUUUUUACACCAUUUCUACAUCGGACACGGGCGGUGCAACAGUUGUUGCAUCCAGUUUAGUGUUAUACAUGAUUUAAUCUUUAAAGAAUACUUGAGUUUUUAUAUAUUUUUUUUUUAAUUAGAUAUUGUUUUUGUUUUGGUUCAAUAACAUUGUAAAAAGACAUUGAUAAACUUCUGACCUUUUUAUUUUGUUUCAACUAAGCUUUAUAAGCUUUUCCUAUUUGCCCUGGUUAUUAAAAUCCCCGUUAUCUAAUUUCUGUGUUGCUGAUUAGAUUCAAACUAUAGUG